AUGAAAAGGUCUUCCUUUCGUCGACUUCUUUUCUGGUUUGUUGCUUCGCUGCAGCUUAGUCUUUGUAGACAUACAUGGGCCUGGGUUUUUCCUACAAAGAGACCAGCAGAAUCAAGAAGAGUAAGAAAAAAAGUUGCUUCUGCACUUUGCAGAGCCACCACAGAAGUUGCAGUCAAGGAAGGUGAAGUAGGAUAUCGUGACAAGUCUAGACUUACGAAACCCCGAAAAACGUGGAGCAGGAAUACCAUUAAGAAUAAGUUCCAAGUAGCAAAGAAGAUGGAACGCCAAGGGAGGUGGACAGAAGCAAGCAGCCUGUAUGCUCGAAUAUUGAGAAAUGCUCCCAAAGAUGCACAUACCCACUUGGCGCUUGCCCGGCUUGAGGCUCGGCGAGAACUCAAAUCGAGAGAAAGCGUCGAAAAACAUUCGAUACUUACACCUGGCCUUAGUAAGGCAGAGGAAGCAUUUCUCAAGGGAACGAAGUCUUGCCCAAAGAGUGUCCAUAUUUGGCAAGCAUGGGCUGUCUACGAGGAAUCUCGAGGAAACUUGGAACGAGCCCGAGAGUUAUUCGAAGCAGCAUUAGAACUUGAUUCUCAUAAUCCAUAUGUUUGUCAUGCAUUUGGAUUGAUGGAGAAGAAAUCAAGAAAUGACUCAAAAGCAAUUCAACUAUUCGAAAAGGCGCUUUCAAGAACAACAACUGCAGCGCUAGUCUGUUCACUUGGCGAAUUGUUUUUGGAAAGGAAUAGUACACAGGCCACGAGAGAUCUCUACACACGGAGUGCACCACGCCUGAGGAAAGAAAAGGAUAGGGUUGAAGUCUACCUUGCUCAUGCAUGGUUGGAAGAGCAGUAUUUUGGGGAUCACAAAAGAGCGGCAGAGCUAAUCAAUUCGGCACUGAAAUUAGACCCUGCAUCCAGUCUUGCCAAUGUGGCCCUUGCACGACUCGAGGGCAGAAUGCAACGUCAUUUUGAUCAAGGUGAAUCAUUGGAUGAUAACGCAACUGCAAAAAGGCUUGCUGAAAUAUGUAAUUCCAUAGAAGAGGGGAUGUAUCCACCGUCUGAUCCGACUGAUGGACGCAUAUUCAACGCCCUUGCGAGGAUCGAGGCGAAAGAUCGAAAUUUUCAGAGAGCAAGACAUGUGCUGAAAAGAGGCAUGGAAUUAUAUCCUCAAGAUCAUGCACUUUUUCAAGCAGCAGGGAAAGUCGAGGAGCGGCUUGGGAACUUUACAGCAGCACGACGCUUUUAUGUGCAAAGCCUCCAGCUGGAGCCUUCGGCACCAACGUUGGUGGCAUCUGCCAUGUUGGAGUUGCGUAUGCCUGAAAGUGGGACGGUAAAUAUCACUCGCGUUAAAGGCUUAUUUGAAGAGGCAUUGCUUUUGGACCCGCGUCAUGGUCCUGCGUACAACGCAUACGGGAAUGCCGAAUUUCAAAGAGGGGAUGUCGAAUCUGCCAGAUCUGUGUUCGAACGCGGCGUCAACGCAAGAUGUUCCGAUUUGGGAUCUCUGUACCAUGGGUAUGGCAUGCUAGAAAUCAAUUGUGGUAACAUUGAGAGUGCUCGGUCAAUUUUACAAAAUGGGCUGGUGGAGAUUAGAAAGAAAACUUGGUCCACUGAUUCCACGCACCGCGAUCGUGCGAGCUUUCUCUCACACACUCUAGGCAUGCUCGAAUUGAAUGGCAACCGCCCAGGAGCAGCUUUGGAGAUAUUUGAAGAAGGCCUCAACCGCUAUGGAAACUCAUCACAACUCCUCCUUGGAGCAGCUCUUUGUGAAAUAAGGAUGGGCAACGACGAUUCAGCUCGAGAACUUUUCGAAAUGUCUGUUUUGAACGAUCGGAAACAUGCACAGGCUUGGCAAGCUUGGGCGGUAAUGGAGACUAGAGCUGGCGACUUCGAUACAGCAUUGACACUAUUCCAGUGCGGCAUUCGCAGUGCACGAAAUCAUGGCGCUUUAUGGCACGGCUAUGCAUUGUUAGAAGGAAAGAGAGGAAACGUGGAAAAGUCUCGGACUCUUUUUGGAGAAGGUGUGAAGAACUCCCCUCAAUAUGUGCCUCUUUAUCAAGGUUGGGCGCUUUUAGAGAUGCGAGACGGAAAUCAUCAAGCUGCGCGAAAACUCAUUGCUGAGGCCCUCACAAGGAACAAGAAGAACGGCCGUGGUUGGCAAGUUGCGGCGGAAAUAGAAGAAGCCGGACGAAACUUUGGUCUUGCAAAUUUACUUUUGCGUCGAGGUAUAGAGUGUGCUCCAAGUUAUGCUGAGCUGUAUAGAGCGCUUGGCGAUCAUCUCGCCGGGCGAGGAAAAUUCAAUGACGCUAGGGCAGUAUAUGAAAAAGGAAUGGAACUGAAUCCUACUCAUGCACCACUGUACCACUCACUCGCUGAGCUGGAAGCAAGACUAUUUAAUGUUGAAGGCCUCGCAAGCCUCAACAAACGUGCGUUAAAGAUCUUCAACCGAAAUGCUCUGGAACCUACUUCUUAUUCAUCAACAGCUUACAGUGCCAGGGAGCGUUCCAGAACAAAACCUAGUUUGUCCCGCAGCAUUGAGGUGCUCGCUGACAAGAUCGUUAACGACGAAGAGGAGAAUAUUGAAAGUCUGUGCACAACGCCCGUGUCCAGCAGCGACCCAGCAGCAACGCUAGACAAUGUUGCCGACAAUCUGAUCCAAGGUCUCCUAGACGACAUUUAG